AUGCAAUCAGAUUCACUUUACAAACUGGCUAUCAACUGUGCAGAAAGACAUAUAUCUGCUGUUGAUUUCGUCAAUCUAUAUAAGGAGUUUUAUAAUGAACAAUAUGGUUCUCAGAUUGAAAAUGAGGAGAAUCCAGAAAAGAGCAGUACUAAAGCACUAGAGACUGCUGAAGUCAUUACCACUAAUAUAGUCAAGUUAUUAAAUGGAGGCAAUCAUUUAGUGUUGGUUGAUUAUGUUGUUCAAAUUUUAUUUGUCAAUUACAAUCCAGAACUUGUUAAAUCUACUAUGUCCAAAAUAUAUUCUGUUAAUGAUGAAAAGAUGUUGGUUCAUUUUUACUCAAAAUCAUCAUCUUUUUUUGCAAAAUUGUCAGAUUCAUUGAUUAUUGAAAGAUUGGUUAAAGAUCUUAAAAAUUGUAUAAUUCCAAAUAUUUUAUCUAUGGAAGUGAAUAUCAUGACAAAUGCACUAGUUGUUAGUGUUGCAAAAUUUCUACAAGUAAUUUUGAGGUUUCUAAGUAGUCCAAUUGUUAUUGAUUCAGCCAUUGAUAGAAAUAAUAUAAGUUCGUUUUUGAAAAAGUUAUCCCAGUCCAAUAAAUUAUUGCAUAAAAAGGUGUCACAAACUAUGGAUUGUAAAAUUAUAUUCAAGGACACUAAACCUGUGUUUCAAAAUCCUGCAACAACUCCAUAUUCUACUUCACCAAGCAUCACUUCACCACAUUUUAUGCAAAGUCCGAUCAAUUAUAGUAAACAGAGUUUAUUGAUGGAAAAUAAUGUUAAUAAAUAUAAGGACUCUAAACUCUUACGCUAUUACAAAAAUCUUUGGUUAAACAAUAAGAUACAUAAAUGGAAAAUAAUGAGUCCGGAUUGCUUGACAAAUUAUGCUUCAAUAUGUACAGAAUUGUUUGUAGAUGGUCCAUCAUCUUCAACUUUAACUGAUGAAGUACUAAUUGAUCUUAUAGAAACCUCAUUCAUUUCAUUUGCACAAUUUGUUAGUAAUAAACAAUAUCACCAAUCUAAUGCAUAUUUAACUCUUUUAGAAAGAAAAUGGGUUAUUUAUAUUUCGAAACAAUUACCGUUAUUAAUUAUUGAAAAUUCAUCAGGAAACAAAAACAUAAUUGAUAUAGCGAUGAACAAAAUUGAUGACAAAGUUACUAAAGCUAUCAAAUCAUAUUAUUUAGAUAAAAAUGAUCAAAAAAAUAGAAAUGAAGACUUAUUUGAUGACUCACCUUCCUCUACCUUAGAUAUCAGACAUGAAUUUAUAAAAUCACUUAUUGCAUUAAAAUUUCAAGAUUCAAAUGCAGUGAAUAAGUAUUUAUCGGAAGAUCAAAGUUUGGAUGUGGAUAGUCUUCCUGUAAAUGAUAAUUUGACGAUUACCAAUGCUCAAGAACAACUUGAAACUAUUGUAAAUAUAUAUGACUUUAUUAUUAACUCUUUGGAUGUUGUAAGUCCGGAUGCAUUUGGUGACGGUAUUAAUGAUUCAAAUAAUCCAUUAAGACAAUUGCUUUUAAAUUUUGAUACAAUUGCUCCGACAAAACAAAGAGAACUAUCAAAUAGUAUUUGCGAGAUAAUAAAUGAAUCAGUAGAAACAAUGAAUUUUAUGAGGCUUGCUACAUUAUCAUCGUUAUUGUCGAUGAACUAUUGUCACAGUCUUACAUCCCUUCUUUCUUAUGUGGAACCAGGAACUCUAUUGAAACCAUUGGUUACAUUCAUCGAUAUCAAAUGGGAUUCAUUUACGAAAAAUGUGGACAUGAAUUCAAACGAAUCAGAAAAUGCAAUAAGUCGUAUGGCAUUUAAUUGGGUAUCAUUGUUUAUAGUUACGAUUGGAAAAAUGUAUCAUUUGAAUAUAGAAGACUAUAUUUCAUUAACCCCUGAAAACAAAAGGAGCCAUGCUUAUUCCAUACAGCUUUUGUCUGAAAUAGUCAAUAUAAAUGAUGAUUUUACCUUUGAAUCCGAUCUAGGCAAAUCAGUAAGUAAACAAAAUGCUGAUUUAGAAGUUCAAAAAUGGUUUCAAGCAUUGUUUGUUAAUGGUGCUCUCUCAGAUAAUAUGACCCAAAACAUUGAUCCUAAAGAAAUUAUAAAUCUGAUACCAUUCAUGUUCAAACAGGUAAUCUUAGGUGUUGAAUCUGAAAUUAUUGAUGAUAUCUCGAAAGUAAUCGAUGGUUUUGCUUUUUUCUUGCAUCCAGCUUUGAUAGUUGGUAUGAUAAAGAUUGUAUUUUGGUUAGGCAACUAUCUAGAAACUCUGAAAGAGAACUCUGUCCCAGAAGUUAUAUUAGAAAACGUAUUGAAAUUACUUAAUUGUAUUAUUUCCCCGGAUUCAUUAAAUGUUGACUCGAUGUUAUUCCAUACAGUUCUGCUGAGAUUAAAUUCUGUGAAAUUAAUAAAAUCCUCACGUAAUUUUAAAGUACAAUCUCAGUCAAAUUAUGGGAUAUAUUCAUCUGAAUCUCAAAGUCCCCCUGUUGUGGAAAGUUUAAUUCUUAAAUUAACUUAUGUUUUAAAUAUUUCUCCAUUUUAUGAUAUUGAUUCCAAAAUAACAAGCACUGAAAGUCAAUAUUCUCAGAAGCAACCUGCAUUUGGUAAGUUUUUACUAACUAAUGAACAACCACUGAAUAAAAUAAUUUCAAACCAAAUUAACUCUUUCUGGAGUUUACACAGUAGCACAUACUACAAUAUUGAUUAUUUGAAUAUUUUGAUAGAGUUAGUGUCGCCAAAGAAGUUUUUGGAAGAUGUUCUUCAUACUCUAGGUAAUAAAUUGACCAAUUAUGGUGCACCUGGUUCAAGAAAAAAGGAUAUGAAUGAUGGUUGGGAACAAGUCUAUGAUUAUGUUUUCUAUUUCAUGGUUCUGUAUGAUAUAUCUUCCAGAAGGGAGGCAUCAGAAAUGAUUAAUUGGCUUGAGAACAAUGGAAAGGAAAAUGUUACUGAAAUUGAACAAAAAGUUGAAACGGUACCUGACACAGUCAUGAAAUUUCAAACUUCUCAAGAUGAUGACUUUGAUGUUUUAUUUGGAGAAAAUGAACAGAGUGUACAAAGUCAAGAUGAUAUGAAUGGAGUUGAGCAAGAUAUUGGAAACACUUUGCCAGUAGAUUAUACUGUUAUGGAGAGCAAAGUUCCUGUUCUAAAACACCAUAAAUUUGGUAGAGUUUUAAAAGAUAAAAAGCUAGCAUAUGAUGAAGCUCUGAAACGCAAGGAGAUAACACCGGAACAACACGAAGUGGCAUGUCAUUACUAUAAUAAAUAUUUAAGUGUUGUGAAGUCAAGUAUAUUUUAA